AGCUCCCACAAAAGCCAUUUCGAAUCCAGAGGCUCUUCAAUAAAACUCCAGAAAACCUCAACCUCCUUCCUCUCGCCCUCUUCUUCUUCUUUUCCCCAAAGCCCUCCUUCCUUUCCGCCAUUAAUGGAGGCUCCAAGCUCCAGCUCCAGGUGCAGAUCCGGUUCCUUCUUCCAGGACAUCAGAUCAAGAGAACUCAAUGGAUUCCGAGUUCGGAAGCGGCCCUACUACGAAGACUCGAAGCUGCAAUUCGCCGAGAUGGGAGAGGUUGCAGUUGAACACAACGGCGACGAAACCCCCCCGCUGGCGAUCUCCUUCUGCAAGACGGCUAAAAAUGCUCAUAUUCUUGCGGUAUCCGAUGAGGAAGGCUACCUGAGCUUGUUUGAUUCACGGCGGAAGCUUUCCUCCGCGACUACUCGGCUAGAGAAUACAGGGAAAGCAAGAAUCACGGAGUGGGUAGCUCAUCAGAACGCCAUAUUCGAUAUUCGCUGGAUUAAGGAUGACGCCAGAAUUCUCACAGCUUCAGGAGAUCAAAGCAUUCAAUUGUGGGAUGUACAAGGGAAGAAAUGCAUUGGCGUGUUACUGGGCCACACUGGAAGUGUUAAAUCUCUGUCUUCGCAUCCAACUAAUUCUGACCUUCUUGUCUCUGGUUCAAGAGAUGGUUCAUUUGCUCUGUGGGACUUGAGAUGCCAGAAUACUUCCACCAGACGGUCCACAGAAACUUGCAUAAGUUCAACUGCAAUGGUAAAACGAGCUCAUCUUUCAGCACAAGCAAAACGGGUUAGGCGGACCAAGACGGCUUCCACGAGCAUCACCUCGGUACUUUAUCUCAAAGAUGAGGUGUCCAUAGCCACUGCUGGUGCUGUAGACAGCAUUGUCAAGUUCUGGGAUACUAGGAAUCUGAAAUCUCAAGUUACUCAAGUCUCCCCACAGCCUAAGUCAUCAACCGAAAAGGUGAAUAUAAUGCAUGGUAUAUCCAGUCUAUCUCAGGACUCUAAUGGGAUGUUCCUUACAGCAUCAUGCAUGGAUAAUAGAAUUUACUUGUACAAUGUGCUGCAGCUUCAAAAGGGUCCUGUACAAUCAUUCACUGGAUGCCAAAUAGAAUCGUUCUUUGUAAAGUCAGUGAUUAGUCCUGAUGCUUCUUCCAUACUCAGUGGGUCUAGUGAUGGAAAUGCUUACGUGUGGCAGGUGGAAAGGCCCCAAAUGGAUCCUACAGUAUUAAAAGGUCAUGAUGGAGAAGUAACAGCAGUAGAUUGGUGCCCAUCUGAAGAAGGCAAGAUAGCAACUUGUGCAGAUGAUUUCACGGUUCGUGUUUGGAAUGCUGAAACCAGCUAUAGUUCAAGCUCUAGAUCACCAACUUCGAUCAGGAGGAGAAUAAUGAACCUCCCAAGUCGGGAACAAAGGCAGUUGAAUCUUGGUAGUGAAGAAAAAGAUUCUUCAGAUCCUGAAGAAGCCAUGAACCACCACAUUACCUUACCAACUUCCGAAUCAAUAAUGCCUCCCAUGGGGACUCCUGAAGCUCAAAAGAAGAGGCUCCACCAUGAUCCAAUUGAGAGCGUUGAGACAACAACCCCUGAAUCAGCAAUGAAAAGCCCUUCUUCUGUUUUAAACCCUCCCUCUUCCUUGAAAAGAAAAACCAUUAGAGAUUACUUCCUAACUGCUUAGCACUUUGUAACUAGAUUCAUUGGUCCUUCAAUUCUGCAGCUGCAGCCUCACCACUUUUGCAGAAAUCAGAAUGUGUCAAGCAUAUAGCAACCAUAACUUUGUUUAUUUAUAAAAUGUAGGUAGCCAAUUUUAUGGCUCUCUCUCAGCACCAGGAAUUUGAAAUGCUGAGAAUCCUAAAAAAAACUCUGCUAUUACAUUUUGGAGGAUUUACUACUAGGCAGGCUGGUUGCAAACAAAAUAAAUGAAUAACCAAACAAUGUUAUGAAACGUUGUUGAAUUGAAUGUUUAAACUAGUCAUCGUGAAGCCAACUGCCUAGCUAGCCUCUCUAUCUAGAUGAAGCAGGAGGAAAGUGAAGGGUGGGGAGUGGAGUUGGCCAGUCGGGGUUGUCACAUAUGAAGAGGUGCGAUCCCGUGCCUAAGCUUCCUUGUCCUCCAAGCAACUUGAGGGUUCGUUGAGUUAUGUGGAAGAGGGCGAGGAAACGGUUGUGGAAAGUAAGGUAGACCUGAUUGGAAUCAUGUGGGUUCAUAGUGAGGAAGACGUCCCCGAGCUGAGGCCCCUGGAUCAUGUUGCGGAUUUUGUUGUUGGUGUAUGGAUCAUUUGGGUUGCCGAAAUCUUGCGCUAUGAACGGAAUCAGCGAGUCCCAUGGACCGGUCAAACUAACCUUGUUCAUCGGCUUGAAAUAUGGUUGUUGCAGCUGAUUCAUAUCAGGAAAUGAUGAUUGUGGCGGUAGAUUUUCAGCCACGAAGACGACGAGGGUUGAACGGCAGAGGCUCGCGGCCCACAAGCGGCCCUGGCUGACGCAAAUCCCGUCUAGUGUGCGCCGUGGAGGCUCAAUCACCCAAUCCACCACACCGUUGACGGCGUCGUAGAGCACCACCUGCUGCUUUCCCCCGAGCAUCCAGCAGAGCCAGCGCUUGUGUAGAUUGACGGCCAGAUUGACAGUGCCGUCGUCGAAAAAUGAGUAGUCAGGGUCGGGGCAGAGCAGCGGGCGUGGCAGGGGAGCCGAUUUGGCGGUCCACUCGGCGGAUUGGGACGACAUGACUUCCAGGUCGAGCUAGGUUCGGCGCGGGGCCAUGCUGAGGGGAAUCCAGGCGAUGAUGAAGGAGCGAUCGUCGUCGUCGUAUGAAGCCGAUGUGGGCGAGGAUGGAGAAAUCGGGGGCGGAAUCGGAAUCGGGUACCACUGCUUGGUGUGAGGGUUGCAUAUGGCGUACAUGUUUGGGUAGCCGGGGAAAGGCGAGCAGAGAAGCAAGCCGUUGGAGGAGCCGACGACGUGGUUGUAGCGGUGCCUUAAUCUCCGUCUGCCAUCUCGGUCCCCAUACUGAAGUCUCGCAUUUUUUUGUGAUAAUUUUUUGUGAUAAUGAUGUGUAAUUUUUUUGUGAUAAUUUUU